AAAAGGGUGAAGAGAAAAACAGAAUUUCCUAAAUCUUAAUUUGCAAUGGAGAAGCGAACUUGUUUAAUAUCUUAUCAAGAAAAUACCCAGGGUUAAGGAAUAUGGCUAAAUUUGUGAUUUUUCUGGUUGGUUUGCUUGCAAUUGUCUCAUCUGCUAAUGGGAAUGAUGGAGGAGGGUGGAUCAAUGCUCAUGCUACCUUCUAUGGAGGUGGUGAUGCCUCUGGUACAAUGGGUGGUGCUUGUGGUUAUGAGAAUCUAUACAGUCAAGGUUAUGGAACAAACACUGCAGCUUUGAGCACAGCUCUGUUCAACAAUGGGUUGAGUUGUGGAUCUUGCUAUGAGAUUAAGUGUGUGAAUGAACACAAAUGGUGCUUACCUGGUUCCAUUUUGGUUACAGCAACCAAUUUCUGUCCACCAAAUAAUGCCCUUUCUAGCAAUGCUGGUGGAUGGUGCAACCCUCCCCUUCGCCAUUUUGACCUUUCUCAACCUACUUUCCAGCACAUUGCACAAUACAGAGCUGGAAUUGUCCCUGUUGCUUAUAGAAGGGUACCCUGCAGAAGAAAGGGAGGCAUCAGGUUCACCAUUAAUGGACACUCUUACUUCAACUUGGUACUAGUGACCAAUGUUGGUGGUGCUGGUGAUGUUCAUGCUGUAGCAAUUAAAGGAUCAAGAACUCAAUGGCAGUCUAUGUCAAGAAACUGGGGUCAAAACUGGCAAAGCAACAACUAUCUUAAUGGACAAAGCCUUUCAUUUAAGGUUACCACAAGUGAUGGAAAAAGUGUGGUAUCUUACAAUGUUGCCCCAGCUAGCUGGUCUUUUGGGCAGACUUAUACUGGUGAUCAAUUCCACUGAAAAUGAGUAAUAUCAUAGUACACACUAAAUUGUUCACUAGUAUUAGUAUUGUGAUGUUAGUACAUAAUUUUACUCAAAGUUAGUAUAUAAGGUGUAUAUGGCCUGCAAAGUCAAAAAUGAAGAGGGCAUAGUAUAAAGUUGUCCUUUGUCAUUUUAAUUUGAAUAAAAGUAUAGCCUAGUUUUGGGCUGUGUUGCUCCGACUCUCCGAAAAUGUCGCCGGAUGCAUGUCGGAUCCUCCAAAAGUAGUGUAUUUAUUUUUGAAGGAUCCGACACGGGUGUGACAACAUUUUAGAGAGUCCAUGCAACAUAGGUUUUGGGAACCUUGAGGCCAUUGUUUUAGGCUUUAUAUCUUUGUUUUCCUUCUGUUGCAAUACAGAAUAGGAUUGCAGUGGUGGACUGUUUUACCAUCCGCAAUUAGGAGUGUCUGUAGGAGUUGGAUAAAUUUGAGAACGUUUCUUUCCUCAGCUUUAGCUAGAGAUGGAAAUGGUUGCUUUGUGUUACUAUGUAAUAAUCCAGUUAACUAGUGCAGUAAUGAGCAAUGGACAGGUUGCUUAUUUAUUAAACUUGUUCUU